CUGUACUGCCUGCUGAAAUAUAUUCCCAAUUGAAUCGACAGAACCCGAUCCUCCCACCUCCUCCAGUCCACCCUCGAGAUAUCCACACCAUCACCGAAACCAUCUCGUCACCCCGCCAAUUCUCCAUCUCUGAGAAAAAGGACCUCCAGCGCACACGAAACAACACCAGAAGAACCAGGAAAGAAUCAACAAAAUGACAACAAAAACACCCACCAAACCCCCCCAACCCUCCGCCCUCACCAACCUGAUCGCCUCCUCCUCCACCACCACCCCCGAACCCUCCAACUCCCUCACCGCAAGCACCCUCCAAAUCCUCCACAACCUCCAACACCAACACCUCUGGACAUCGCUGCAGACACACGAGAUUGAACUUCCCGCGCCAUCCAAAGAUACCUCUUCCUCCUCUGCCGACCCCUCCUCCCCCUCUGCCAGCUUCCCCACCACCACCACCACAACAACAACAACACAAUACCUCAUCUCAGGCAUCCCACCCCACCACGUCUACAUCCACCCCGACGAGCAACUCUACAUGCUCCAGCGCGGCCUGCGCGAGACCGACAUUGAGCUGGAGCGACUCUUCGUGCUCCCUGCCGUGCAGGGCCAGUCGUGGAGUCUGGCGCGGUUGGCUGCCGUGUUUGAUUCCUUGCCCGGGGGGGGAGAGCGUCCUGCUGCGAGUACUGCUCUGGAUGAGGGAGAGGGGAGUGAAGGCGACAAGGCUGCCAACUUGGCAGAGUACUACGAAUAUCGGGAAAAGGCGUCCCUCACGAAGGAGUGGGGCGGGAAGAGGAUCUUGCUGGCUAUGGCGGAUAGGAUGAUGGGUGGGGAUGGGACGGUUGUUUAUUAUGUUGUGCAGGAGGGGGCUGUUAAGCCGAGGCAAAAUUAAUUGAUAUAUACGGUGUUGCUCAUUGGGUGGAUGCUACGACCUUAACUCUUGGUCUUGGGGACUGCGAGGUCUGUGGACA